UGCACAACCGGCCGGAAAAGAUCGCCGAUCAAACUAAUGGGGAUGUAGCUUGUGAUAGCUACAAUAAUUGGCAACGUGACGUCGAGAUGCUUCGUGAGUUGGGCGUUAAUAUGUACCGGUUUUCGCUAGCUUGGAGCCGAAUCAUGCCUACGGGAAUAAGUAACAAAAUCAAUCAGGCCGGUAUAGACUACUACAAUAAAGUGAUUGAUGAACUGAUCAAGUACGGUAUCGAGCCAAUGGUUACCUUGUACCAUUGGGAUCUACCUCAGAGGUUGCAGGAGAUGGGAGGUUUCACCAAUCGGGAGAUUGUUGAUAAUUUCCGGGAAUACGCAAAGGUUGCUUUCGAGCAUUUUGGAGAUCGGGUGAAAUGGUGGACCACCUUCAACGAACCUCUGCAGACCUGUUUGUACUCGUACGAAUAUGAUUCUAUGGCUCCAGGGUAUGAUUUUCAAGCUGUUCCCAGUUAUUUGUGUACCCAUAACCUGUUGUUGUCUCAUGCGGAAGCUGUCCACCUGUAUCGGACAGAAUUUCAAACUACGCAGGGAGGAAUCAUAGGCAUCACGGUGGACUCAUCUUGGGCAGAACCUCGUAGUGAAACUCCUGAAGAUCGUGAGGCCUCUGAAUGGUCCAUGCAAUUCCAUAUCGGUUGGUACAUGCAUCCAAUUUUCUCAAAAUUAGGUAACUAUCCGCAAGUUAUGAUCGAUCGAGUGGACUUACUUAGCCGACAGCAGGGAUACUCAACUUCUAGACUUCCGAGGUUCACCGCCGAAGAAAUAGCAAAACUCAAAGGUUCUUCGGACUUUUUCGGUAUCAAUACCUACACUACAUCCUUGGUUUACAAAAACGAUCCGCUCAACAGUGCCGGAUACCGUGUUCCAUCCUUCGAACACGACCGGAACACUAUCGGCUAUCAGGAUCCCAGCUGGCCAGAAACUGGCUCCGGUUGGUUCCGCGUCUAUCCAAAGGGAAUGUACCACCUGCUUACCUGGAUCCGCAAAGAAUAUGACAACCCACCGGUCUACGUGACCGAAAAUGGUGUCAGCGAUCGGGGAGGCACCAAGGAUUUGAACCGGAUCAGCUACUACAACGACUACCUCAACGCCGUUCUGGAUGCCAUGGACGAGGGUAGCAACGUCAAAGGUUACGUUGCGUGGAGUUUGAUGGAUAAUUUUGAGUGGCGUGCUGGGUUGACGGAACGGUUUGGGUUGUAUUACGUGGAUUAUAGUGAUCCGGGAAGAAGGAGAAUUGCUAAGAGCUCGGCCAAAGUGUUCGCUAAUAUUAUUAAAACUAGGAGAAUUGAUCCGGACUUUAUUCCGGAGCCGGAAGUAUUGAUACCGGCCAAUGCUAGUUUGAGAUCGUCACGAAGUUUCAAAGUCAAUGUCGGAAAGAUCAAGUCAUUAGAAAUCAACACAGAAAAUCGCUCCAAUUUCGAGGUCGCUGGGCAACAGGUUGAGAAAGUGGAGGGCUUCCAGUAUAAUUGUUACCAGAUUGUGCCACAUGGUGGUACCAAGAAAGCCAUCGAAAGGUUGGAGUUCAAAGGGUUCACUGAAAACAAACUUACAGAAUAA